GUCCUUCAGAUCGGCAGUUCCGGAUGGGUGCGGUGGCUGCAGCGCGGAGAGUUCCGGUCGACAGAGGCUGUCGCCGUCAGGGCAGGCUGUGAUAAAAGUCCUGUGAUGCUGUUCUGAGUGGGUGAAGCAGACAGGGAUGAAAAAUGCCCAGACAGACAGCAGUGGCAGUCACAGCUGCUGCCUUGUUGGGUAUUGCAGCAGGGGGGCUGAUUUUGUGGGGGGUCAUCCGGCGUCGGAAAGAAAGGACCCACUGCGUCAGUAAACAAGAAGGAUCUGCAAGAGAGCCAGGAGAUGAGGAACUGACACCAGUGGAAGAAAAGGAGCUGCUUCGCUUCAGCUAUCCUGCCAUUUCUUGGGUGGAGAAGUUCCUGGAAGCAGAGGUUGUGAUCGUUUCGGAGCCAGCGGAGUGGGAUGGUGUGGAACCGUUGCUGAAGAAGGAGCUGGAGAAGUGGCCAGUGCUUGGGGUUGACUGUGAGUGGGUGUCAGUGGAAGGAAAGGCCAAUCCCGUAUCCCUCUUACAGAUGGCUUCCUCCAGUGGCCUUUGCAUUCUCAUUCGUUUGUCCAGGCUCGUCAACAGUGGACGGACUAUCCCAAAGACUUUAUUGGACAUCUUGGCAGAUAGCACCAUAUUAAAAGUAGGAGUGGGUUGCUGGGAGGAUGCCUGCAAGCUACUUCAGGACUAUGGCCUUGCAGUCAAAGGGAGCGUGGACCUCCGUUACCUAGCCAUGAGACAGAGGAAGGAUCUGCUCCAGAAUGGACUCAGCCUCAAGUCUCUGUGUGAGAAUGUCCUGAACUGCCCCCUUGACAAGUCUCCAAGCCUGCGCUGCAGCAACUGGGAGGUGGAAGAACUGACUCAGUACCAGAUCAUGUAUGCUGCCAAGGAUGCCCAGGUCUCAGUAGCUCUGUUUCUCCAUCUUCUGGGACUUUCCAUCCUCCCUGCUACAUUUGAAGGUCAAAAUGCUAUCACUGCAUGGGGGAAGGUGCUGGGUAAGUGCCAGGGAUUGAUAGACAUCCCAUUCAGAGGAAGAAGCAGUAGCAGCCUAGGAGAUGAUGGGAAUGGAGAGGCAGACUCCCAGCAGAAACCAAGGAAUCGGAAACCUGCAGCCAAUGGCCAGUCCAUGGUCAAUCAGCAAGUGAAAGACCCUCGAAAACAAAAGCGGAAGCCCCUGGGUGUAGGAUAUUCUGCAAGAAAAUCUCCCCUGUAUGACAACUGCUUCUUGCAUGCACCGGACGGACAGCCUCUGUGCACUUGCGAUCGCAAGAAGGCCCAGUGGUACCUGGACAAGGGCAUUGGAGAGCUGGUGAGUAUGGAUCCGUUUGUAGUGAAGUUGCAGUUUGAACCAUCAGGACGUCCUGAGUCCCAGGUCGAUUAUUACCUGACAGUCAAGGAGAAUCUCUGUGUAGUCUGUGGCAAGAGAGAGUCCUACAUCCGGAAAAACAUUGUACCUCAUGAGUACAGGAGACACUUCCCCAUCCAAAUGAAGGACCACAACUCCCAUGAUGUGCUGCUGCUUUGUACUUCUUGUCACGCCAUCUCCAAUUACUAUGACAACCAUCUCAAGCAGCAACUUGCAGAGGAGUUUGCAGCCCCCAUCGGCUGUGAGGAAGGGGUACGCCUCUUGGAGGACCCCCACCGCCGUCAGGUUCGGUCUGGGGCCCGUGCCUUGCUGAAUGCGGGCAGCCUGCCUGACUCCAGAAGGGAGGAACUGCUGAAAGGAAUCAAAGACUUCUUUGACAGAGAGACCAUUACACUGGAGAUGCUCCAGGAAGCAGCAGAACUGGAAACCAGCAGGAUUUACAAUGAGAACUACGUUCCCCAUGGCCUGAAGGUGGUGCAGUGCUUCGCCAAAGGGGGGUUGUGCUCCCUCAUGCAGUUGGAGAGGCGUUGGCGUCAGCACUUCCUGGACACCAUGCAGCCCAAGCACCUCCCGGUGCGAUGGUCAGUGGACCACAAUCAUGGGAAGCUGAUCCGAAAGUAUGGGGAGGACCUUCAAAUUGAGCUGUCGUGAAACAGUCCCUCCAGAGGACUGAGACCUGGGUCUGACAGCGAAAGCAGCCACUUUAACGUGGAAGAACUAUUUUAUUUCAGCCUCCACGCGGGAGUUGCAAGUACAUGGGCUUGCCAUUUCUCAGUGAGAGUCCCGCUGCCAGCAGUGGCUGUUUAGGGACUUAACAAUGGAGCUUUUAACUAGAUACUGAAUUAAAUUGCCUGUGAUUCCUUACAACCUUAUUUUACAGAGGUGGGGCUGGGGGCCCCAUCUGACUCUUCACCUCUAGACUGUUUUAACCCAGAAGAAGUAUGGGAAAAGGGGAUAUUGCCACCCUGAGGGGAGACUGCACAGCGUUGAUGUUGGCUAUCCCUUCAGAGUGGUGUGGUGCUGCUAGGUUCACCUUCAUGACCUGGAUUCUCAGCCUGAGUUGUGAAUUUUUUCGGUUUUGCCAGAUGCCAGAUAUGAACUGAUCUCUUCCUUCUCCAGCUGCACCUCUUUACAGACCCACAAUUCCCUCUCUCCUGCCCCCAUCUCCCUUCCUUGCUUCUGGUGACAGGCACCAGCCUUUCUUGGAGACCUUCCACGAAGAGAGAUGCCUUUGUGAACAAGGUGAAGAAGCAGCACUGCUGUCCCAUUUUGAGAGCUAUGUGCAGCGAGGCCUCCGGUGGCCAUCACCUGAUAAAACAUGACAUUGUUUGACACUGGCAGUAUGGGAGCACCAAUACUUCUUUAAAAAAAAAAAAAAAAGGAGCUGCCAGCAGCACACUGUCUAUAGAAUUAUUACUUUCCAGUACAGUUUUUUCUGUUUAGAUACCAUGAUGUGUAACUUCUGUAGUGAAAUGGGGUCAGUUGCCUUGCAAUGGAUUGGGGGGAGGUUUCUUUAGAGAAGCACCAUCUUCUAAAGCAUCCCUGCACAUGGUAACAACCUGAGUUCUAAUCCUGGCUCGACACUUACUUGCUGUGUGGCCUUGAAUAGGCUGCAUAUUUGCUCUGUGCCUCACUUUCCUUGUCUGUAAAAUGGGGCUAAUAACACUCACCUACCUCACAGGGAUGUUGUGAGGCUUAUUUGAAUUAACAUUUGGAAAAUGCUUUGUAAAUGUUGGCCAUUAGAUUUGUUAAUUUUUAAUGUAAUUCUACCUAUUUAGAUUUAGCAGUUGUGUUUCUGCCUGGUGCUAGAUUUUAAGUUUACAUUUAACUUUUUAAAAUAAAUAACCUUUCUGUGAAACUGA